CAGUGUCCUGAUAAAUAAUCUUGUGUGUGCUCUCAUAAACUGACAAUUGUCAGAAUGGAGAGGAGAGCAAAUUUUGAUGGCGGAUUUAACACACUGAUUUGUGAAGAUGGCGAACACGAUGAGCAGGAUCCUCAAUACUCCCACUCUAACCAAGGCGGGAAAAAAGUAUUCACGUACAUUACGACGCCUUGGAAACAUAGAGACAGACUGGUUGCAGUGAGCCUGGCGCUACUCGCUAUCUUUCUACUCAUAGUUGAUAUCAGCCUGGGGGCCCACUACAACAACCUCAAAGAUACCAGCGUUACCAUUAAUGAUACAGAACGCAUCAGCAAUAAUUUGACCCAACUCCAAGAAACUUACAAGGCCGCAGUGGAAACCAUGAAUGGUUUCAAGAAGCAGCUCGAAAGAGAGAAGAUCAGUCAGAAACCAACCACCUGGGAGUUAAAACACCAGACAAAAAGAAGUACAGACUAUAAAGUGCUGUUGGAUAAACUGACUAAGGACACUGCAGCACUGAGAUCCCGCUUACCAAAGAUUGAUGGUGGCUGCAGACACUGUCCACAAGGAUGGAUUUUGAUGAACUCUGUGUGUUACUACUUCUCUAAGGGUAUAAUAAAAACUUGGCAAAAAUCCAGAGACUUCUGCCAGAUGUAUGGAGGUGACCUUCUAGUCAUAGACAGCAAAGACAAAGAGAACACAACUGUAACUCACUUGGUAGAUAGUUUGAACCCAACAACAUGGGGCUUCUGGGUUGGACUGAGUGAUAACAACGAGGAAGGAACUUGGAAAUGGGUGGAUGGAACAAUACUGGUUGAGGGGUACUGGAGGGAUGGAGAACCAAAUGAUGUUGGUAACGAAGACUGUGCAGUGGUGCAUCCUGAAGAAAACUUCUUCCAGGCUUGGAACGAUGUUAGUUGUCAAUCCAAGUCGUAUUGGAUUUGUGAAAAAGCACUAAGUUAAGUUAACAGUGUAUAUGUACUGCAAGUUGCCUGCAAGCUUAAGUGUUUAAACUUUUAGACACCUUCUGACAUUUCCUGUAAUAAAGAACAGAAUCAGUCA